UACUCUUACUGACGUUCCGGGGGGCAGGAGCCGUUGUAGCAAGGCGGAGAUGACAGGACCUUCUCCCUCUGCACACCAAGUUUUGGUAUAUUCCGGGCCAGGCGUAUCCGCACUCUCCCUUUCACACACCUUGCUCACACUUUCCCUCCUGCUCUUACCUCACUACACGGUUCAGCCCGUCACCUCGGACGUCCUCUCCUUACAGCCUUGGGAGCCAUCUUGUGCACUGCUGGUAAUUCCUGGAGGUAGAGAUCUGCCAUUCGUUGAGGUACUUAGCGUAAAGACGAAAAUCACCAAGCGAGUAAAGGACUAUGUCGAACAAGGAGGGAAAUACCUGGGUAUCUGCGCUGGAGCAUAUUUCGGCUCGGCAGAGGUUCGAUUCGAUCAAGGUGGAGGAUUAGAGGUGACUGGUGAAAGAGAUUUGGCGUUUUUCCCAGGACCUUGCGUAGGACCGACCUUCACCGGAUUCGCCUAUGCAGCAGAGUCUGGUUCUAGAGCGGUGACUCUCCUGCUCGAUGGUCGUGGAGCUUCGUCGUCCAAGCCUCAAGCACUCGACUUGCUUUAUUAUAACGGCGGGGGACAUUUUCUCCCUCCUUCUCCUGGACCUUCCUCUGUCCGCGUCCUCGCUCGGUAUGCCGAAUCAGCCUCCUCAGGAGAAGAACGACCAAUUGCAGCUGUGAUCACGCAGAAUGGGAAAGGUAAAGCUCUACUAUGCUCAGUGCACUUCGAAUAUUAUCUCAACGAUCCGCCAGCUAGAGACGCUAUCUCCAGGCUUACUCCUUCUCCCUCUGUGGACGAUGUGGAGCGCUGCGAUAAGGCUCGUAUACAAUGGGUGGAGGAUCUUCUGGAGGAAUUGGAGUUACGUCCCACCAGCAGACAACAAGACAGGGGUGAUAUUCUUGGUGCGAUCGUCCACGCUGACGGAGAGGAGGAUCCAAAUCUUCUCUUACAUCCGACUCACCCAUCCCCAAUUUUCGUCCUUUCUCAUCCAAAUCUACCUCAACCUGGCGAGCUCUCCUUUUCUCAGACGGCGUUGCAAAGCAAGGUAAUCGAUCAAGGGUCCUGGAAGACGCUUCGGGAUGGCAAUGAUGAGUUACACAUCACUUCCACGUCAUCUGUCCUCCACACAGGCAGCAUGUCGACCUACCUGGCUACAUGGCGGAGAGCGCCUCCUCCUGUAUCGAAAGAAAUAAAAUUGGAAGAUCUGACCCUCGAGGAUAGUGCCACGAGUAUCCCACAACCUCCGGAUUUCAACAAAAUACCCAAGACGAUCUUGCUACCCUCCCAUUCGCUACCUUACUCCCCAACAUGGACCCCUUUGUUCAACUUCACCACUUAUUGGACAGCUCUCGAUGCAGUACGCAAGCGAGCUGGGCGAAAGUCUGGGUUAUUGAGAAAUGGUAAACCAACGCUGGGUGAUCUGCUCUGGUACGCAGAGACGGUGACCAGUACUCAGACAAUGCUCGAUCGGAAUCCCUUGCUACUCACUCACUUACCGACCCCUCUUGCAUUUCUCGCUUCCUUCCAGCUCACCGGACGGGGUAGAGGUUCCAACAUCUGGUUAUCCCCUCCUGGCUGCUUACAAUUUUCUAUACUGCUGGACGUACCUUCCAGUAUGUCAUCAAAAUUGGUGUUCAUACAGUAUCUCACGGCCUUGGCUGUAUGUGAAGCUGUGGACGAGGAUGGUCGAUUGGGCGUGAGGAUCAAGUGGCCUAAUGACAUAUAUGCGGAAGUGGAGGGUGUAGGGGGGAGUGAAGUCGGCUCGGGUGUGAAAGGUAAAGCCAAGUUGGGAGGUAUAUUAGUCAACACUAAUUUCGUCGGUGGGAUGUGGAGAGUCGUCGUUGUAGGUUGCGGAAUCAACACACUCAACGCACUACCAACUACAUCUCUCAGUCAACUGCAUUCACUCCUAUGUGCUAAACUUCCCGAGAGGUCCCUGCCGCCUCCCACGAUGGAAGAGAUUUUUGCAAAGAUCAUGCACUCCUUCGCUCUCAAAUGGGAGCAGUUUGUGGACGAACAAGGCUUCAAAGGGUUCUUAGACGAGUACUACGGAAGAUGGCUACAUACAAAUCAAGAAGUCACUCUCACCACCGUCACUCCCCAUCAACGUCUUCGAAUUCAUUCCAUCACGCCUGAUCACGGUCUCCUACGAUGUCUACCCCUUUCCUCCACAUCCACUUCGACUCUCACACCGCUGUAUGACCGUGGAGAUUUCGGCGAUUCGAAACGUUCUCAGGCAUGGGUUGACUUACAACCCGAUGGCAAUAGCUUUGAUCUAAUGAGUGGUUUGAUCAAACGUAAAACAUGAAUGUCCAAUAUCAUUGC